AUGGAUGGGCAGCCGCAGGCAGCAUCCAAAACUCAGCCCGCUCUGGAGCUGCUAUGGGACGGGGGUUUAGUUGGAGUAUUUCGAGAGUCUUUUAUGAGUAAUCAAAGGCAGCAGAAGCCUACGCUAACAGGCCAGCGCUUCAAAACUCGUAAAAGAGAUGAAAAGGAGAGAUUUGACCCAACACAAUUCCAGGAAACUAUUGUACAAGGUCUGAACCAAUCUGGCACUGAUUUGGAAGCUGUUGCGAAGUUCCUUGAUGCUUCUGGUGCCAAGCUCGACUACCGGCGCUAUGCAGAGACCCUGUUUGACAUCCUGGUGGCCGGGGGAAUGCUGGCCCCUGGAGGAACUCUAUCUGAUGACAUGACGUGCACUGAGUUCUGUCUUUUUAAAGCACAAGAAGACAUGGAGACAAUGCAGGCUUAUGCUCAGGUCUUUAACAAGCUGAUCCGGCGCUACAAGUACUUGGAGAAAGGGUUUGAGGAGGAGAUUAAGAAACUGCUGCUCUUCCUUAAAGGCUUCACCGAGUCGGAGCGAAACAAGUUGGCCAUGCUCACAGGGAUUCUGCUGGCCAACGGGAACAUUUCUGCCUCCAUUCUCAGCAGCCUGUUCAAUGAGAACCUGGUCAAAGAAGGUGUCUCUGCUGCCUUCGCGGUGAAACUUUUCAAAUCCUGGCUCUCCGAAAAGGACAUAAGCUCGGUGGCUGCGAGUUUGAGGAAAGUUGGCAUGGACAACCGGCUCCUGGAGCUGUUCCCGGCCAACAAGCGCAGCUGUGAUCACUUCUGCAAGUACUUCACCGAGGCGGGACUCAAGGAGCUCUCGGUCUUCGUCAGGAACCAGGAGUCGAUCGGCGCCCGCAAAGAACUGCAGAAGGAGCUCCAGGAGCAGAUGAUGCGUGGGGAGCCCCUCAAAGAGAUUAUUGCCUUCUCGAGGGAGGAGUUGAAGAAGAACAAUAUUUCCGAGCAGUCGAUGAUCGGACUGAUCUGGGCCAGUUUAAUGAGCCUGGUGGAGUGGAACAAGAAGGAAGAGCUGGUCACGGAGCAAGCCAUCAAACAUUUGAAGCAAUACAGCCCGUUGUUGAGCGCGUUUACCUCCCAGGGGCUCUCCGAAGUCACACUCAUGCUGAAGAUCCAGGAAUACUGUUACGACAACAUCCACUUCAUGAAAGCCUUUCAGAAAAUUGUCGUGCUGCUUUACAAAGCCGACGUCGUGAGCGAGGGGGCCAUUUUGAAGUGGUACAAUGACGCCCACCACGCCAAAGGGAAGAGCGUUUUCAUUGAACAGAUGAAGACGUUUGUGGAGUGGCUCAAGAACGCAGAAGAAGAGUCUGAAUCCGAGGACGAAGAAGCCGACUGA